UGUAUCUAUAUUUGAAAGAUUGAAAUGGUCAUAAUAUGACCAAGUGAUGAAUGACAUUACGACGGUCACGGAUGUCUCAAAGUAAUAUUGUCUUAGACUUAAGUGUCAAUUGUCGUGUAAUUUAUAGUCCGCUGUCACUAUUUAGUUAUUUAAUAUUUUUAUUUAUGUAAAAGCAACCUCAAAUGCCACAUUAUUUUACCAAUAUUUGUGUUUAUUAUUCAUUGUAUUUCACACGACAUCACAUAAAACAGUAAAAAUGACUUCUUUUCUGUCCAGAUUUGCUAUAAGUGUAUUUAAAAAUACAGCUACAAAAAGUUUUACAUUUACUUCUGUGCCGGAAAUUGUACCACCGAUAAAUAAGUUUAUAAAUAAUUUAUUUUGUACUAAACCACUUUGUAUUGUAAGGAAUUACAGCGUAGAUGCUGUUCAGCCUCCUUUAGCAGUUGAUAAUGCAAGUAUACCUUUAAAAAAGAAGACAGUUUACAAAAAAGCAGUCUUAGAGGAAGUAAGCCAAAAAGAGGGUCAUUAUUUAACAUUGGCUUAUGCAACCGCAAAUUCCUAUGACCUAAAAGGUCUAAAGGAGGCUUUAAUACAGCAGAAGCUGUAUGAGCCGGGCACAUUAAAAACACAAGAAGUGGGUGAUGUAGUGGUAGCAAAUGCAGUUUAUUCUGUUGGAGAUGAACCAAGACAGAUAAUCUUUUUCAAAGAGGGUGCUGUUGUAUUUUGGAAUUGUACUGAAUUAGAGGCUAAAAAUGUACUGGAUUUUGUUAGACCAUUUGAAAUUGAAAGCUACCCCCUGGAAGUGGUACACAAAGAAAGAGAAAUCAUGACCUAUUUCUAUCAACCUAAUGCGAAGAGCUGUCAUCUACAAGAAUCAUGUUUUGUGCUGGUUGAAAAUGGAGAAAAUUCAUUAGAGAAGUACACAUUCAGUCAUGCAAUGGUCCAGUCAGUUCGUCUGGGAGCUUGGGAGGCUCGACUUGAAACUUUAGCAUCCUCUAUCAGAUCACACACCGCACUAAUGGAAUCUGAGGGUGCGGCACGGGUUGAAAAGAAAGAGGUUGUAAGAAAAUUGGGUGAACUCUUUUCUCUUCGUCAUCGGCUAACAGUUGAAUCAGAUCUUUUAGACACACCAGACUUCUACUGGGAAGAGGAGAACUUGGAAAGGCUCUAUUCAAAUACAGUCGCCUAUUUCACGAUUCCCAGACGAACAAGGGUAUUAAACGAGCGUCUAUCUCACUGUGUGGAACUUCUGGAACUUUUAUCAUCAUGGGCAGCUGAUAGGCAUCACGUAAGGCUGGAGUGGAUGGUUAUAGCCCUAAUUCUAGCUGAGGUCUGCUUUGAACUGCUGCACUUCUUCGAGAGGUAUAUUGCCAGACAUGAUGUAGAAAUAGCUCAUUAAAACAUGUUUAAAAUAUAUUGAUCGUUAAUUUAGAAGGAACCAUUGACUUAUGUAGAAAAAUGUUUCAUCUUUGGCUUAUAGUUGUAUACUUAAGUGUUUCCCUUCAUAAGCCGUUGUAUGCCAAAGAGUUGCGAAAUAUAUUGCCUUUAUAUAAAUACUUUAUUUAUUAUAUUCAUUACAUUUAAAAAAUAGAGAAAUUCGAAGAAUGUAGUUAUAGUUAUUGAAUACUACCCUCAAAUUACAUUCUUAUAGGUCAUAAUAUGUAUAUCUUACUUGUUUUAAAAUCUAUUUAUUGUAGGAAUAAAUGAUUCAUCAGAAACUACACAUAUAUUUUUUAUCAGAUUUUUUUGCAAUAAGAAUUUAUCUUUGUUAAAAAAAAAUGUUUAUGUGUGUGAAAAGUAAUCAUUCACUGUACUGUUGAUAUUGCUAAUACAGUUUAUUUUAUGUAUAACUUUAAUAUAUAUUUUGUAAAAAAAAUAAUAAUACGGCAAAUUAGUUUUAGUAUGACGCUUGUUUAGUUGUAGAGUAUAAUUAUAUAGGCAUUUAUUACAUAGUAGGUUUAAAUUUAGUUUGUAUUACACAUAUGUAAAAUAGUUUCCUAAUGAUUAUUAUAGUACAAAACUUUUAUUCUCAUUAUUUACCUAAAAAAGAGUGGCGCUACAACAUCUAGGUGCCUUUAGUUUUCUAUAUUAAUUGUUUCAUGAACAUGUAUUUUUCUUGAUGGGCAAGUAGGUGAUUAGCCUUCUGGGCUUGAUACGUCAACUUUUAGGUCUAAAGCAUGCUGAUUUCCUUACCAUACAUUUCUGGUAGCCUACUUUUAAUGCUAGCACAUUUAUUCGUAGUAUUGCGAUGCUUAUUCGCACAAUUCUAUUAUGUAAUAUGCUCAAAUGUUAUGAUUGUUAUGUGUAUAAAAAUACCAAAGUUGUUAGAUGUAUUUUAUUGAUAAAUAUAUUUCAUUUUGAUUAUUAUAUUAGACGUGUUAGUAAUCAUCUAAAAGCUAGACAUAAAGUGAAAUUACCUACCAUAGAAAAUACAUGUAAAAAUUAUACACAAAUUUUGUCUAUAAAGCGUCAUAGUUUGUGUUUGUAUUUUAAAUACACAAGCAUUAAAAAUUAUAUUAUCUGAAAUUGAUUGCAGCAAACGCUUAGUAUGCAGUAUAAGGUUAAGUAUACAUGUAUUAAAUCGUUUUAUUAAGAGUUAUUUGUUUUAAAUAAAAUGUUGAUUCAAA